CAAGAGAUGAAGUUUCGAGCAAUUUUUCUCCUAUCCGCCGUACUGAACCACUGCUGCUGGGCGGGUGCUGUUGCCAGCGGACAAGCAAAAGCAUUGAUUUUCCCACCCAUGACCACACUGCAGGUAGGUAGCAAAAAAAACCAAGUGCCUCACCAGCCACUGAAAGAGUAAACGAUCACACCGGUCCCUUAAUCAAUCACCCGGGUGGCAAUUGUUAAUGCUCCCCUCCCCGAUCUCUGCUCCCAUCAUCUCCCAGGUCACGAUGUGCACCGUUACAAAUGGGCGCUUGUUUAAGCCCCCGAAACAGGAGUACGCCGUCCGGCGGCUCGGUAUCAAUUUGGGGUUCCAGGUCAACUACAAUCUGCCGUUUCGAUUGCUGGACUUCUACAAGCCGGCGUACUGGGCGCGGGCCCUCAUCGGUGUGGUGCAGGGGCGAUUCAAACCGACCACCGUCGUGUCUGCCCGCGACUACAAGCGUUCGGUUACGCAUCCUAGCUCCGACUUGACGGCGGGGCAGCUGUACCAUGCCGCGGAAGAGCUGCUCCAGGCGAUGGAGUUCGGUGCCGACUGUUUGGCGAAAAGUAUCUGCGAGCUGGCGCACAGUCCUUUUCACCGUGAACCGAACGGCAGGGAAGAUGUGCUGAUGGAGGUGGCACAUUUUUUGCUCACGUAAGGAUAUAGACGGGGAGGUUUCCCCGAUGAAAAGUAUUAAUUUUAUCUAACCUUUCAACUAUUUUGCAGCCCAUCUUUUCAUCGUUCCUUUGGAGAGUCGGAAUAUCGUGACCGGGUUAAGUACGAGAUGGCGGAAAAUCUCGGCGCGAGUGGAGCCAACUGUGAGCUGAUUUACGAAAGCUGUCCUAAAUCGUUGCUGGCACAUUAUUCUAAACUUGAGUGAAGUAGUGAUAGGAAAAAUGAAGUUUUUCUCGGAAUCGAUUCCGGCUAGCUCCGCAGUUUUCUGGAAUCGAUUCCGGAUAGUAGGUCCGGAAUCAGUUUUUAGAAU